AUGAUAGCGGCAGCCAAUUCCCCGAUGAACUAUGACAAUGAAGCCUACGAAAGUCCACCAGCAGUUGCUGAUGCGCCGGCUGGAGAGGCUCACACACUCUCCACUGAGGAGUUCGAUGAAACUCCAGUCAUUCCGAAGCAAAUGUCGAAGACGACAAUCAAGGAUGCGAUAAUAAUGGCUUCACGAAGUGGUCGUACUGAUCAACGAUUUAAUCGUCAACUACGCCUGCUUCCUGGUGCUGGUUACAUACGGUGGGUCCACGUUGAUUGGGACCCAGUGACCCCACCACCCCAACAUUUUUUGACUGUUGCAACCGCUUACGUUGCUCUUUCAGUGGCCUUAGCGCAAAGCUCUGUGCAGACGUAUUAUUUCACUAAUAUACUUGGCAAUCUCUUUGUCAAGUCGAAAGCCAGCCCGGCAAGAAAAGCCUUUGUGGACAUUUCCACCAUGGAUGACAUUUGGAACUUCCUAGAAGUAGAAUUCAUGAACAGCCUCUACAAGAGCGAUGGCCCGUUCACUGUUGAUGAGACAGCGAUGGUUUACUACAACAACAGACUACUAGGGCGCCCACGCAUACGCAUGCUAAAGGUCUCCACGUUAAAUUUUUUGUGUCCUGAACAAAUCUGCGAAAUAGCCGGCAUAAGACGCGCGCCUGUGCAGCGCGGCAAUUGCGGCCAAUGA